GUGCAUCGUUGGGGCCGGUUCCGCGGGGUUGUCGUGUGCCUAUGAGCUUUCCAAGCACCCAGAUGUGAAGGUGGCCAUCGUUGAGCAAAAUGUGGCACCCGGUGGUGGCUGCUGGUUGGGUGGGCAAUUGAUGAGCUCCAUGGUUGUGCGCAAGCCUGCUAAUGAGUUCUUGGACGAGUUGGAGGUCCCUUAUGACGACCAGGGUGACUAUGUGGUUGUCAAGCAUGCCGCUCUCUUCAUGUCCUCUGUGCUACGCAAGGCGUUGCUGGCACCGAAUGUGAAGCUUUUUAACGCAGUGGCCGUUGAGGAUCUGUUGGUCAAGCAGGAGGAAGAUGGGGUGGCUGUUCGCGGUGUGGUCACCAACUGGUCCCUGGUGACCCAGAAUCACGACACGCAGUCCUGUAUGGACCCGCAAGUGAUGGAGGCUAAAGUGGUGGCCACU